CACUCUGCGUGUUCCCGCUCCGUUCAUAACAUCGAUUUCUGUCCGAAUCCGCGGUUUGCGCUCUUGGUGUUACUAAAUUGAACUGCGUGGAUCUUCCAGGUCUUUGCCGCGUUUGGGUCUACUCAGCACGCAACACGGGCGCAUCUAUUUAGUAAUCCGUGCUUCCCCGUACUGACAAAAGCUUUUAAAUGUUGUCGAUGGCAUGGCUGCUCAUCUCAUCGUUCUUUUCCUCUUCAGUGUGCUAAAAGGAGUUCACAGCAUAACUACUGUCAGUAAAGUAUCAGUGAAAGCUGGGAACUCUAUCUCCAUCCCAUGUCUCUAUCACUACCAAUACACAGACCAUGUGAAGUACUUGUGUAAAGGAUAUUUUUGGCCGUCCUGCAGACAUGCAGUGAAAACAAAUGAAGCAGACCCUUCAGGAAAAUAUUUAAUCUCUGAUGACAAAAAACAGCAAAUUUUCACUGUGACUAUAAACCGUCUGACAAAUCAAAACACUCAUUACUGGUGUGGACUGGAGAAUAGAGCACUAGAUAAUGGAGUGUAUUUUCAGCUUUUAGUCACCAAUGGUACUCCAAGUCUCUAUGUUGAUCAUCAGAGGAUUACAGGAUAUAUUGGAGAAAACAUAACCAUCAGAUGUCACCACAGUAACUCUGGAGAAAUGAAGUGGUGCAGGCUGGGCAGGAACUGUGUGACAGGAUCAUCUGGAUCUAUAGAUGGAACAACAGUGACCGCUCAUAUGAGCGAACCAAAUGUUUUCACAGUGACCAUGAGUGGACUAAAGUCAGAGAACAGUGGCUGGUAUUGGUGUGCUAAAGGUGACAUUCAGAUACCAGUAUAUUUAACUGUUACUGAGAACACUACCACUACCCCUACUACUAUCAGUAUUAUUUCUCACGCUGUUGCUGGAAAUGGAAAAAUUAGUACAAUGGAGCAAUGGAAUAAUUUUACAAUUGUAGAAAAUAAACAACACAGAGCUUCAUUUCCCCCAAAGAUCCUCAUCAUCCCUCUGAGUGUUUUGAUUGUGAUCGUAAUUGUGGUGCUGUUCAUCUGGUUUAUACUGAGACACAAACAGAGCAAAGCAGAAUCAUCAGUCACAGCAAUUGUUGGACAGGAAGUAACAUACUCUGAAGUUAGAACCAAGAAAAAAUGUUCACCCAAGGCUGGAGACAAAGUAACAUACUCUGAAGUCAGACCCAAGAAAAAACGUUUACCCAAGAGUUCAUUUGCUGAAAGUGACAUGGAACUCGUGCACAGUUCUGUUGUUGAGAAACAGCGUAAUAAAAGGGCUGAAGGAAAAGAAACAGAAGUUACAUACAGCACAUUAGCUAAUCUCUACUGAAAUGCUUUGACAUUUUGCAAUCUUAACUUUCUCUGUACCUAUGUUACUGGAGUCCUUAUGAGAUAAAUGACAUAAUGUGUUAUCUGAUGUCAUCAACAUGUUAUGUAGUAAAUAUUUUCUUCAUUGUUCAAAUAUUUUGUAAAAAACUAUUCCUGCAUAGUUGUUGUGACGGGCUGGGUAUUAUAUCAUUAUUAAAGAUAUGUUUAGUUCUUGUUGUUGCUAUUGGGAGUGAGGGUUUGAGUUUCCGUGUAUUUUGACAUUCCUUAAUGUUAAGUUCAUCUAGUUAUCUUAAAGCUCCUAAGUUGCUCAGUGUUUAGUCCUUUGUCUAUUAGGUCCUUUUGUGUCAUCACCCCUUGUGUUUUAGUCUCCCUUGUUGGUUCAUGUUGUCAAGUUGGCAUCAUGUCUGCGUCCCAUCAUGUUUCCUGUUUAUUUUGAAAAUCUUGUUUCCAUGUUCAGUUUACACUUCCCCUGUGGUGUUAUUAUGGUCUGUUCUGUCAGCUGUUUGCUCGUAUGUGUAUUUUAGUCUGUGUGUGUUCUUUCAGUCUUCGUCAGAUCGUCUGUGUUACCACCCAUCUCAUCUUGUCAAGGUUUUUUCAUGAUUCUUUGUUCUGGGCAUGUUACGUUUCUAGUUCAUGUUUUUUGAUGUCAUAGUUCCUCUCAUGCUCCAGUGCAAAAUCAUGUUCAUAGUUGUUCAUAGUCUACCGUUCCCAGUUUAGGAUUUAGUUUAGUUUUCACUAUGUUGCCUUGUUGUUUCACAUCGUGGGCCAUCUGACCUCAGGAAAUCACAUGAUAGGGUGGGGCUAGGUUUCACAAUGAGCUCACCCGAAACCCUGGCUGACUGUGACUUACACCCGUU